AUGUCGGCUUCUUCCAUCCACAACGACCCCGACAUGGGCGGCAGCUCGGAUGGUGAAAAUGAUCAAGACUACGUCUUUGAUCCAAACUUUGACGACAAUCUCAGUCUUCCACAACAGCCUUCAGAACAGGCUGUGUGGGUGGACGACGGCACCAUGGAUCUUGACCUCGACCUUGACUUGCCUCCCCUUGAGUCCCACUUCAACGACCUGUUUGAGGAUAUAACAGCUGCUCAUCAGGCACAUCAGAACAACCAUGGCAUUGAUCCAGAACUUGACAGCUACAUUGACUACAAUUACAUUGAUAGCUACAUUGACUUCAGUUACAUUGACGACGACUUUGACAGCGGUUACAUUGACAGCGAUGGUGACUUGAUUAUUGAGGACAUGAACCAUGAUUCAACCGCCACAGCCAUCCCUGACGUGGCGUCGGCCUAUGGAAUCCCAGACGAGCUUCUCCAGCUCAACGACUUUGCACAGCCACAGGACCAUGGCCUUCCUCCCAGCGCCUUUGUGCUGUCUGAACCAGCAGCAGCAAACGCGGCAGAAGUCCAGCGGGCUGUCGACCAGCAAACUUCAAUGGCGAACCUACCGCCUUCCAUCCAAAUCUACAACCCUGAUGGUCAGCUGACGACAAGCCCUACUUGGUUGCCUCGGAUUCCAGAGCACCUUCCUUUUGAUCAAACCCUUGCACCCAGUCUUUUCCCCGACCAACAAGUUUCUUCGUCUUGGCAUCUUGGCCUUGCCAGCAGCAGCAGCACCACCACCACCAAUAUGCCCGAGCCUCACUCGCAUUCUCCAGGACCAGGUAUACCUGUUCAAGACCCGCGCCUUCUUCAGGUUCCUUCUCCGUCUUCUUCCCCAGACGAGUCUGCUCGCAGCUGGCUCUCGCGCAAUUUUCCUUACCUUGCAGCAGCAACAAUGUCUUCGUCCCGCAGUGCUCAGUCGUCUGCUUCUUUAGUGUCGAGCGAGUCCAUGAAUGGAACUCUGGCUCAAGACUCGGACAUUCUGGUCGGUCUCUACGACGACGAGCCACCUCUGAACCCAUCUUCUGGCACCACGGCACCCGCCCCUGCUGACCCGCAACCUACCGCCGAUAAUGGCACCAAUGGCUCUCCUGGACCUAACAUCUCUGAACCUGAACCCAAAGACUCUAAGCCCAAAGACUCUGAGCCCAAUGACUCUGAACCCAAAGCUGGACAGACCUCAGAGCAGACCCAGGCAGCUCCAGAGCAGCAGUCUCGACCUGUGAAUGCCAACAUCCAAGAGCCCAACCUCGUUCAGAAUUCUGGCAGCAUUAGAACCCCUCACUACAGCAAUGUCUUCAUCUGCUACAUUGGCGGUGGCCCCGAUGCCAGUCCUGAAGCCAAGUGCUACGUCGAGUGCCUCACUCCGGUUCGGAAGACCUCUGCCUCGAAACCUGUGCUUUUCCUUCACGGAGACCACCAUACUGGACAUACCUGGAAGUACCUACCCGGCCAUACUGAGACCAACUUGUCUUGGGUCGACUAUUUUCUCCACCAGGGUUACACCUGCUAUGUCCCCGACAUGCCCCUGAGUGGCCGUUCCAUGGGAGCUCACCAAGACGCAUAUCGCGGCAAGGAGCAUAAAUUGAACGUCAUCGAGGGAGAGCUCACUGCACCUCGUGACAAUCUUUUUCCGCUGUACGACACUGCCAGAUACCACUGCCAGUUCCCAGGAGUUCAGGACAACCCCUCAGCUGACCAGGACGUCGCCGGCUUGCGUUGGGACCCGUACUUCCUAAACUACAAGGCCUCCCGCGUCCCAGUAAUCAGCACCUCGGAGGAGAGAAUCGCCUACGGCGCCGAAGCAGCAUGCAUGAUCCUGGACCGCAUCGGAAAACCCACCGUCAUCAUCGCCGAGGGAUCGGGCGGCGUCUCGGGCCUCAUCGCAGCGGACCGCUCCCCCGACAGGGUCGCCGGGCUGACCCUGAUGGGCUACCCGUACGCACCGUUCGCCAUGCCCUUCCAACUGACCCGCUUCGACAACGGCAUCGGCAGGGUGUACCACGAGGACGCCAUGGAGGAGUGCACGGCGCUGACCAGCGGCCUGACCACGGCCGACCUGUGCUUCGACCCGCCCCUGGCGCUGAUGCAGUCCCUGCGCGCGGUCAAGACGUACGCCGACGAGGCGGCCAACGCGGGCCCGUUUUGCUUCCUGCAGGACGCCAAGUACCCGAUCCACCGCCUCGCCAACCUCGCCAGGGUCCCUGUGCUGGUCGUCACGCCCCAGGCUGGCUGCAACUCGGCCUACGACUGGUCCGUCGUCGCCUUCCUCCGCCAGGCUGGCGUCGCUGCCGACUGGUACAAGCUGGCGCGCUUUGGCCUGCUCGGAAACGGCGAGCUGAUGUGGCUGGAGCGCAACGGCGCCCGCGUCGCCCGCCUCGUGCUGGCCUGGAUCGUGGCCAAGACUGACCACGCCAACCCCGCCGCCGCUGCCGCCGCCGCCGCCGUCCUGGCCCUCCGGCCCGACCAGGUCCGCCUGGCCGACCGUCGCGAGGAGGAGGUGCGUGGCGUCGCGCGCCGCGAGGCCGCGAGGUACGAGGCCGCGAUGGAGGAGAGGAGGCGCGCCUGGGCGGCGCGGGAGAUCGCGCCCCUGGUCCAGGCCAACGCCGACGCCAUGGAGUGCUUCUACUCGUGGCUGCCGGUGUUGGACCUGGCCAGGGCCGACUUCCAAGCCGCACAGGCUGCCGCCGCCGCUGCCACUGCUGCUGCCGCUGGUGUUGCUGGUGCUGGUGCUGGUGCCGCCGCUGCCCCGUGA